AAAGAUCAGUAAGCUGAAGGGGAUGUUCAUGAAUAACCAUCGAGCUCACGGCUCCGCGUGAUUUCGCGUGGGACUGUUGGCGGUAUACCAGCUGGCUCGCGUUUAUUCCUUAACCUUUGGCUUGAACUUAAUCCUGGAUAGCGAUGGUAUACCUAAGGAUUUAAUAUCUCAACUCAGUGCAACUUGUACAGCCUCCGAUACAGAGACCAGACCAGAGUCGAGUAGAGUACAGAGUAAAGAGUAGAGUACAUAACAUAACUAUAACGAUGUUAUCCCGCUCUUACGACGCUCUCCCGUUGGCAUGACGACCCCUUGACGCCGCCCCUAUCUCCUCGUCACGUGACACCCCCUCGGCCAAACAAUCCGCGGGGAUUUCGGAUGCUGGGCGCCAGAAGAGGGUUGCUGGGCGUGCCCGCGGAUCUUAUUUUAUCAGUGGGGAUGAAAACUGGCACACUAUCAACUACGCGACAAGAAGUCGCUGAAAGUCACGUGCCGACGACGCUUAGCUUAAGCUUCCAUGCUUCACUCGCUAAAGAGACCGUUCUGUCAUCAGUUUUGACUUUUAAAAUUUUUUUUAUUUAAAUAAAAAUCAUUAUUCGUGCGUUUUUAAUUUAAUGUGAAUUUUUUAGUGCAACUUUGGAUUGUUUUCUGUGAUAAACAAAACUGUACAAUUUUGAAAAAAAAAAUAAUAAUAAUUGUGAUAGCUAAAUUGAAGUUUUGUGAAAUUUUAUUUGGGGUGAAAAGUGUGACAAUGAAGAGUGGAGAGUAAGAGAGAUAAAUCUAGCCGAAAAAGUGUCAAUGUCACGGAUAAUACGGUUCAGUUAUAAUAAUGUGAGCCAGAUGCCGAUCGGGACCGGGAGCCACCCGCGGUCACUUACAAUGACCCUGAUGAUCGUCUUUAGACGGUAGACCUUCCCCAAGGGAAAGGACUUGUUGUUCUUCUUUUGAAAAUUCGAGUUCGAUUGAAAAAAGUUUGAGAUAUCUUUCGUGUAGAGUUGGAGAUUUGGGAUUAAAGGCUCAGCGACGGCCGACGGCUGAAGAUGGAUCUCAGCACUGCGUAUAGAUAUAAUCAGAAUAUGAUGGAGUAUUACACUUGUCAUGGAGGUGUAAAUCAAUUGGGAGGAGUCUUCGUCAAUGGAAGACCGCUGCCGGAUGUAGUCAGGCAGAGGAUUGUGGAACUCGCCCACAGCGGUGUUAGACCGUGUGACAUUUCCAGACAACUCAGGGUAUCUCAUGGCUGUGUAUCCAAGAUACUGUCAAGGUAUUACGAAACUGGGAGCUUCAAGGCAGGUGUGAUAGGCGGCUCAAAGCCAAAGGUCGCGACUCCGCCGGUCGUCGACGCAAUCGCCAAUUACAAGAGGGACAAUCCGACUAUGUUUGCCUGGGAGAUUCGGGAUAGAUUGCUAGCGGAAGGAAUUUGCUCGCAGGACAACGUGCCAUCGGUGUCUUCGAUCAAUCGAAUCGUGAGGAAUAAAGCCGCUGAAAAGGCGAAACAUGCGCACCAGCAGCAGCAGGCUCAGCAACAAGGGCAACCGGGUUCAGGAGGUUCUGUAUCGGUGAUAGCCCACGCACCCGCAACUGCUGGUGGUCAUCCGGCAGCUACUGCUCCCAACGCUUACAGUAUCAGCGGAAUUCUUGGGAUUCCUGCUCAUCAUCAGGAUCCUAAUGGCAAUAGCAUCAAAAGGAAACGCACUGAUGAUGAUGAAAAUCGCGACCACUUGAGCGACCACGCGGAGGACGAUUUGAAAAGACAGAGAAAUAAUUACAACGGAGAUCAAUUGUAUUCAAAUCUCUGGUCAAGCAAAUGGAACAUAAAGGACGAACAGAACAAGCUCUUGAACGAGCUUGGUGGAGCCGGUGGUACCGGAAACAGUGGGACGACGGGGAACGGAACAACAGGGGGCGCUAAUGGUGCCAGUGGUGGUGCUGGGAAUAAUACCUCUGGUUACUAUGAGCACAGUGGAUUCCCCGGGAACGCUAUUGCCACCUCGGCGGAGCUCUACGAUUCUUUAGGCAGUAUCAGCACGAUGACGCAGGCGCAAGCACCCCAUCUUUAUACCCCGCCCAUCGGGGGUACCAUAGGUGGAACGUUGACACCAUUGGCGCCGCUGACGAUGCAGGAAUUAAAAUUAAGCCAGACAUUAGAUGGCACCAAUAUGUCACCUUAUCAUGGUACCGAGAGCAGUGGUGUAGCAGUUUCGUACGUGAACGUCAGCGGAACUGGAGACCAUAGUCCCCCGGUAUCUCUCCAAGACGGUAAUGUUACCCCAACGACCCCCAAUGCCGGCGGGGGUGACCCUGGAUUGACUGUUCUACAAUCGCCAGUCUCCCAAUCACAGGUUGCUUCUUCGAUACCUCCUUACUCCACCAUGCUGCCUAGUUUUGGACACUACGCUACAGGAGGUGGAGAUUACGCAUACAGUGCAGCAUAUUCACAAUACUCUAGCGCGCCGUACACUGGCUAUGGUUAUGGAGCAGCUACAAGCGGGUUGCUCAACUCAACAUACUAUUACUGCAACGGGGAUACGCUGGCGUCUUCCCAGAACUCGCAGCACCACCAGAGCUGCAACGGCAUGGCAGACAACAGCGCUGACGUCGCAAGCCGGUCGCCUUUGGCGGCCACCCGCGCAAGCAGCGGGGCGAGCGCUGCAUCACCUACAGGAAGCGCCUGCACCAACAAAACAGAUCACGCUUCUACGGAUUUGUACCUGGCUUGAUUCACUUAAGUGUUCGUUCUACUCGACUAUCACAAAAAUAAUAAUAAUAAAUGAUAAUAAUGAAGAAGAUAAGAAGAAAACAGAUAAUUAAAUUUUAGAACGGGCGCCAUAUCACUUAACCAAUUGAAAUUAAUGACUGAUCUCGUGAGGCAGAAGACAAGCUCUCAUUAAAUACGUCAUCGGAAAUUUUUUUAAUUAAAUACCUAGCUAGUUUAAUUUAUCAUUUUUAAUUAUCAUAAUUUUUAAUUUAUAAUUAUUGAUAACAAUUUUUAUUUUUUAGUUAUUAUUUUUAUUUUACAGUAUAAGUAUUUUUAUUUUAUUUAAUUAUUCCGUCAUUUGAUACUACAGACUUUUAGUAGUUGACUGUUUUUAUUUUUUAUUUUAUUAAUUAUACGUCACUGGCAAAAAGUUCAUUAAUGAGAUUAAUAAAUAAAUCACUUAACGAUAAAUAUUUAUAAAUAAAUAUUUUAGAAAACCAAAGACCAUGGAGUUUGAAAUGAUUUCCGCUAAGCGGCUUUUAAUUGACUUUAUAGUGUAGAGUUUUUAAG